GCCAUCAUGAGGGAUAAACUGAAGAUCCUAGCUUUGGUUCUGGGUGCUCUGGGCAUGACAGGAACCAUUGCAGUGACUAUAAUGCCCAUGUGGAAGGUCACUGCUUUCAUUGGCGCCAAUCUGAUCGUCAUGGAGGCGGAGUGGCUUGGUUUGUGGAUGGUGUGCGUCCGGCAGGCCGACUUCUACAUGCAGUGCAAAGUCUACGAUUCGGUGCUCAUUCUUCCAGCAGAUAUCCAGGCGGCUCGUGGUUUUAUGUGCGCCUCUGUUGUUCUAUCUGUAGUGGCUUUCGGGGUGUCCAUAUUCGGGAUGAGGAGCACAAGCUGCGGUCGAAAUAAAAAUGUGAUCCUGAUAGUCAGCGGGUGUCUGUUUGUGAUCGCCUCUCUGACCGUUCUCAUUCCUGUCAGCUGGACAACAAACACCAUUGUACAGGAUUUCUACAACCCCAAUGUGGAGCAGUCGCUGAAGCGGGAGAUUGGACAGGCGCUUUAUUUGGGGUUUGUGACGUUCGUUCUCCUGCUGGCCGCUGGGGGGAUUUUUCUGUGCCGCUGUAAGGAGGAUGAUCAUUUCGAGGAGUCGUUUGUCCCUCUGGAGAGAGAAAAGGAGGAGAUGAACUUGGUGGAGAGAACAUCUUCUUCCAACACCUACAGGAAGAGUCAGUACGUCUGACCAGGAGAAUGUAACUAUUCAUGGAUAUGGCUUUAUUUCUACUCAAAUUUUGGCUUUGAGCAAUCUGAAUACUGUUGACUUGCAGUCCUGGAAAUAUUACAGUUAAAUUUUACAUAAUUGGAUUAAAUGCGACUAAUUAAAUA